ACGACACAUAUGACCUAGACGCUUGUCUUUUUCGCUAACAUCCAAACUCUUUAGUGAAACCUCCCCUGUAAUAAAAAAACAACAAAGAUGAUCAAAACGAAGACUCUUACAAGUCCAAGGUGACAUUCGAAGAAGACCCUCUUUGCAAAAAUCCAAUCUUGGAGUCUUACUGGUUACUAUAUAGCUUAGACACACACCCCACUAUACCUGCGUUUAUAAAAUAGAGAAGGAAAGAACGAAGAGACAGUGGAGACUAUCAAGAGAUAUGGGUAGACCACCUUGUUGCGAGAAGAUAGAGGUAAAGAAAGGACCAUGGACUCCCGAAGAAGACAUAAUCUUGGUCUCCUAUAUCCAACAACAUGGCCCUGGAAACUGGAGAUCUGUUCCUAAAAACACCGGUUUGCUAAGGUGUAGCAAGAGUUGUAGACUUAGAUGGACUAAUUACCUUCGUCCAGGGAUCAAACGAGGAAAUUUCACUCAGCACGAAGAGAAAACGAUCAUCCACCUCCAAGCUCUUUUGGGUAACAGAUGGGCAGCCAUUGCAUCAUAUCUACCUCAGAGGACCGACAACGAUAUCAAGAACUAUUGGAACACUCAUCUGAAAAAGAAACUCCAGCUGCAGUGUCAAAAUGGUAUCACCAACGAAGACAACACCGAUAUGACAGAAAUGUCGUCUUGUAAUAACAACAACAAUAUAUGUUCCAGCAACAAAAGGAUCGCCGACAAAGGACAAUGGGAGAAAAAGCUUCAAACAGACAUCAACAUGGCCAAACAAGCCUUGUUCCAAGCUUUGUCACUUGACCAACCAACUUCAUCGAUAUCUCCUGAUCUCGGCUCGCCAAAGCCUCAUCAUUCUGCCACCGCUACUUAUGCCUCAAGCACAGAUAACAUCUCUAAGUUACUACAGAACUGGGCAAGCUCAUCUUCUUCAGUGCCUAACACUUCAACAAUAUUCUCCAACGACCGGAGCUCAAGCACCGGUGAAGGAGGCGUUCUGGAUCAUCAAUCUUUGUUCUCAACGAACUCAGAAUCUGGAUCAGUUGAUGAGAAAUUAAUUUUGAUGACGGAGACAAGUAUUUUUAAAGGUGAGAGCAAACCAAAAGUUGACACGGAAGCAAGUACUGAUGAUCAUGACUCGUUGUCUUCAAUCGAGAAAUGGUUAUUUGAUGAUCAAGGCUUGGUCCAGUGUGAUGACGAUCAAGAUCUUAUGGAUGCGUCUUUAGAGGGUAAAAAGACUGAUAACAACGGUCAAGAUUUGUUCUAAGAAAAAGAAAAUGGAGUAACACCAUAAGUCUACCAAGUGUAGGUAGUCUAGUGGUGGUCCUGUCAUCCAUAAUGAGGUUGCCUUCUGCACCCUAGUUCGAACCUUGAUCGGAGGAGAUGUAUUUAUCAUAAACUGGUCAUGGCCGAGAAAAGCUAUACGGGUCAAAAAGAUUCCAAAAUUUCUGUAAGAGGAAAAACAAACUAUAUAGGUUUACUUUUUCAUUCAUUAUGAACUUGUCAAGUCGAUCGAUGGAAACAAAACUGUCAAAUUGUGUAAUUUACUAUGUGGAGUUAAAAAUAGUGCAAUAAACUGAGAUUUCAUGUUUUAA